CAAUCAUUAUCUCGAUUUAACAAAAAAUCCCUAUCUAUUGCAACAAACAAGACUAGAAAACUAUAUAAAGACCGAUUUUGCUGUACAAAAGCCAGACGAAAACCCCGACGAGUAACCGGAAGGAAAAAAUCAUUCACUAUGAGAUCAGUUGGAAUUUUAGCCGUAUUCGUGUUAGCUUUGGCUUUCACACGCGCCGAUGAUGCUUCGAAAGACUCCAUAGAAGACAACAUCAAAGAUAUCGUACAGGCAAUUGGCGAAAAAUUCAACGCCACCUUCCUCGAGGACGUCUUCGCCGCCGGCGACAAAGUCAAGGCCAAAUGCCCCGACAUUGAAGAUAAAAUGAAGAACAUGUUGACCAGCGUCGGAGAGUGCGCCGACAAAAUCACGCUGGGCUCCGACACCUUCUGCUCGCUGAUCGUGAAGAACUUCGACGAAUGCACCAAGCCCAUGAAGGAGGUGAUGGACGCCUGCUCUCCCGACGAAUCCAAGGACGUGCCCGAGAUGGUGCUGAAGAUGGUCAAGGCCGUCAUCGUCGAGGCCUGCGCCUCCACCGUCGAGGAGAUGCUGGAAUUGCUCAAUCCCUGUAAAAUGGAAGGGGACCCGACGAAAAUCGAGGAGUGCAAGAAGGUCUUGAAACAAAUGGAAGACCACAAGUCCCAGGAAGUCACGAAGUCUCUGAUCUGCCAGACCAUGCCGAAAGUCAGGGGAUGCAUGAAGGCUGUUUUGGACAAGUCCUGUUCGAAUGCCAUCACCAAAACAAUUCACAACAAAAUGUACCAAGCGUUGGAGAAAUCAGUCAAAACCGAAUGCGAUGCCGUAAACAAAGUGUAA